CUGAGAUGGAGACCAAGGUGGAAAAGAGGGAACAGUGGAGGAAGAAAAGGGAAUAUAUUCUGGCAUCAGCGGGCAAUGUGGUGGGCCUGGGCAAUGUGUGGAGGUUCCCCUACCUGUGCUAUAAGAAUGGAGGAGGAAAAUGACCUGUCUUGGAGGUCUCCAGGAGGUGCUACCUGCCACUGGAGAACUAACCUGCCAAUAAUUCAGUAAGAAUUCACUAAUUCAGCUUUCUAACUUCAGCACUAACCUGCCAAUUUAAAGAGGUUAUUGGCAGGGCCCUGGAUGUUGCCAUCCAUGAAGAUGCCCACUGGAGGCUACACACUAGUGGUCUGCAGUCUGUAGAAGACUCUCCAACAUGCAUGACAGGGAAUGGGUUUCUUCACUCUUCUGAAGUGGGGCCAUUAUGUUCCUCAAACUUCUUCACCUGUCCCAUUGGGUGCAGGAAGGUUUUGGGAUUCCAGCAUUCUGGGUGUCUUCCUGUUGCCUUACUGUUUCUUUGCUUUACUGUGUGGCCUGCCACUUUUCCUGCUGGAGACUGUGAUUGGUCAGUACAUGCAGGAGGGUGCCAUCACCUGCUGGAAUAAGAUCUGCCCACUGGCAAAAGGAACAGGCUAUUCUAUCAUAAUUAUCCAGCUGUAUUCCAGACUAUACAUUAUUGUACUAGCCUGGGCUCUCCUGUACCUCUUCUAUUGUUUUCAAGACCCUCUGCCCUGGGCCACCUGUAACAAUCCCUGGAACACAGAUAGAUGUGUGGACCUCACCUCUGCAAACAGGACUGAAAUACACAACAGCAACCUGAUGGUAAACUGGACAUCCGGAAAUCUCACCAAGUCUUCAGUCUCUGAGUUCUGGGAAAGAGGAGUGCUGUCCAUGUCUGGGGGAUUAGAGGAUGCUGGUACAGUAAAGUGGGAACUGCUGCUGUGUCUCCUGGCCUGCUGGGUGGUCUGCUACUUCUGCAUCUGGAAAGGAGUGCGCUCCACAGGAAAGGUGGUGUAUUUCACGGCUGUGUUCCCCUACGUGAUGCUGGCCAUCCUGCUGAUCAGGGGGUUGACGUUGCCAGGAGCUUGGCAGGGUGUGGUCUAUUACCUGUAUCCAGAUCUCUCUCGUCUGGCAGACCUUCAGGUGUGGAUAGAGGCUUGUCAGCAGGUCCUCUUCUCCUAUGGUGUUGCAUCAGGAACCUUAAUCACCCUGGGCAGCUACAAUAAAGUUGAGAACAACUGUUACAGAGACAGUCUGUGGUUGUGUUUGCUCAACAGUUGCACCAGCUUUGUUGCUGGCUUUGCAGUCUUCUCAGCUCUAGGGUUCAUGGCCCACCAACAGGGAGUUUCCAUCAAUUUGGUGGUUGACUCAGGCCCUGGACUGGCAUUCAUUGCUUUUCCUCAGGCUGUAGCCAUGAUGCCCCUGCCUCAGAUUUGGGCUGUCUGCUUCUUCCUUAUGCUCAUCAUGUUGGGGCUGGACACAGUGUUUGCAGGUUUAGAAACGAUAACGUCAUCAGUGAUUGACAUGUUCCCAGGACAAAUGCGCCGACCUUGGCGCAGAGAAAUCUUCCUUGUCGUCUUCUGCACUGUCUUCUUCUUCCUGGAGAUCCCUCUUGCCACUCAGGGAGGAGUGUACCUGUUCCAGCUCAUUGACUACUAUGGCGCCAAUGGAGCAUGUAUAUUGUUUGUGUCUCUGACCCAGUGUCUGGCUGUUAGCUGGGCUUUUGGAGCUGAAAGGAUGUGUGAUGCAUUUGAAACUACGACAGGACAGAGACCAUGGGUUGUUUUCAAACUGUGCUGGCUUUACUUUACCCCUCUGAUCUGCACGGUUUGCUUCAUCUGCUCAUUUCUGGACUACCAACCCCUGACAUCCAGCGGAGGCUAUACGUACCCGGACUGGGCCUAUCCUCUGGGCUGGGCCAUCGCCUUGUCCUCUAUGGUCGCAAUACCCAUCUGGGCUGUUGGCAAGAUCUGCCUCACUGAGGGCAGCCUCAGGCAGCGUCUGUUGGUCCUGUGGUAUCCUGUUCGAGAGCCUGUUAAUCCCAAGACAAACAAAGAAGAACUCCUACAUCACACAGAGAUGAACAACCCUUUCCCUGACAUGCUAUAAGUUGGUAUGAAAUGUACUUUUGUAUUUCACCCAAAAGAAGAACAUGUUGCUUUUGGAAGUUCUAACAAAAGGCUAACGACUAAACCAAGAAACAGGAAAUAAUAUUUCACAGAGCAUUUUACAGUUUUAACAAUAUUUUAAUAUAUUUAAUAUAUUAAUUUUUACUGUAUAAAUUGAUAUAUCAUAGUAAGUAAUCCCUCUCUUAAUCCAACAUAAAGUUAAGAGUGAUUGUCCUGAUUAAUUAAGAUAGCAUAUGGUAGGUAAAGAAACAAUUUUUUUUACGAAUGUAAUAUAUCAGUAAGAAGCUGCACAUGUGAUUUUUCAAUCAGCUAUAUAGCCAUGUGUGUUACUGUGUUGCAUAGUCCUAAAAAAUCUACUAUAAAUGUCAAAUCUGUUUUAAUGCCACUAAAGUGACCUACUACUAUUACUAUCUAAAUAAGAUAAAGUAUUUUGGUAUAAAAAAAAGUAUAUUUGUAAUCCUCUAUUAUAAUUACACAUCUGUUGUUUGUAACAGACUGCCUGAAAAUCAUUUGAAAAUUCAGCGAGUUACAAUUCAGUUCAAUUUCAAUUCAGUUACGAUGAUUUUAAUUAUGAAUCAACCUCCUACUUCUGUAGGCAUGAAAGUAGCAUUAGGGAUCCAGUGAGCAGCAGCAGCCAAAGCAGUUUCUAUGUGUUCAAUAAACCUAUGGCUUGCUAGCAGUCUUCUUUUUCCUUGCUUUUCUUUGACUUGUUGCUAAUUACUAAUUACAUUACUUGUACUAUUGUGAAAUAAUAAAACUUUUUUAAUAAAU